GUGCGCGAGCAUCGGUCUUGCUGAUCUUUCAACGGCGAAGCGCGGUGGCUGCCACAGACAGCGGUGGAUCGCCAUCGCUGAGGUUCAGGCAUGUCAUCAACCCUCACCUCCAUCGCGCAUUGGCCAUCCACCUCCGCCGCCUCAGGCUCGGAUGCCUCCCACUGGCAUGCAUCGACGAGCCGCUCUGCCAUCCAGCGUCCGAACCAUCGCUCGCCAUUAGGCUCCGCGCCUCACUCGCCUAUUCUGGACGCGAUGCCAGACGGAGCCGGUAGGCGAGAUGUGCGCUGUGCCCCAGGCCAUUCCGCUGGCCCCGGGCGAUCAGGAAUUCAGGAUGCGCAGCAUUGGCACCCCAGCAACGACCUCGAUCUGCAUCAUCUUGCUGUUGCAGGUGCCAUCGAGGCAGCUGGGUACCGAAGUGGACAGUCUUCGGGUCGUGGGACGCCUAGGCUUACUAGUCCAAGCCUGCGGUCACCGCAAAUAGACUUUCCGGUCGACGAUGAGGCCGCGUCGCCAGUGUCGACAGGCACUCGAUCACCGCAUCGAACACGUCGGCCGGUGAGCAUGAGCGCAACAAGUGGGCCCUCACGUUCGGGCAGCAACUCUUCCAGCUCGUCUCGAGACCAGUGGUGGGAGAAUGUGUUGCCACCGGGUCAGCUUGCCGAGCGCCUGCGUCGCGCGCAGACCUCACAGGCGCAGAGCGGACAAGACAGCGAUCAAACCGUCACGCAUGCUGGUGCAUCUUCUCUACAAAGAUCAAGUCGCACGUUGUCGGAGAAAGCGAUUUGGUCUGGACUCGCAAAGCUGGCGCGCACAGCAGGUGACCCCGAUCACCUCGCUUCAGACCACGGCUACCCUGAAGGUGCGUCGCGCAAGUCAGCCACGAUUGGUCCUGGAGUCCAGCGCAGUGCGUUGCGUAGGCCUCGCGUGACGGCCGCAGGCAGCCUCAAGACGCACGGAAGCUCUCGAUCCGAUGUCGGCGAGCUAUCUCCCAGCGACGGCUCCACCCUCAGUGACACCGCUAGCCGGCAAAGCAGCCCCGUGGAACCAAAUGAAAGCGCCAGUCGUCAAGAGCGCAGCCCUUCGCUGACUUCCUCAGGCGAGGACCGGCUGUCAUCCUCUCCACGCUUGGGAGCCCUCCAAGCGUCGCGGGUUGGCUACGGCGCCUCUGCCUCCAACGCCGCGUACCACCAGAAAGGCCGCACUAGUCAAAAGAGCUUCUCGAGAAGCACCAGCAAUCGUCGCUCGAGAGUGAUGAGCGAGGAUGGCUUGGGCUUGACAUUUGCCCAAGAGGCGAUGCGCAUGGGACCAACCGCUGCCGCUCUGGCGCGUUCCAGCAGCGACGAAGGGAACGAGCAAGCUGGGCGACUCGCUCCCUCGCCUUUUGUGGAAGAUCAGGCCACACGCCACGACGAAACUUCUCGAUCACUCCUAUUUCCUCUUAGGUACCUUUCUUCCACUCCUGACAUGAGCUCAGAGGAGGAUAAGUCGGACUCGAGCAGUCAUCGUCAUUACAGGUUCCAGCAGACGCCUUCGAGCUCCGGCACAGUAACGACUACAACGACGCGCGUCACUCGUACUCGCACCACGAGUGUGGCGAGUUUUGCGGACGACAUUGAUGCAGUCGACCGCGCUUCUGAUCUGCGACCGGUCGAAGAUUCAAAAGUUCGCCGAAGGGUGAGCUUCAGUCUGGACAUAGAGCCUCCGGCGGGACGAAGCGUUCCUCCAAGUCGCCGCGGAUCCCUCACGAAUGUCAAGUCCUCACUUAAACCUUCUGCGAGCGUGCCCAGCGGCUCAUUGCUUGCCGACGGCGCCGUGGCAGCCGCCGCUGCAGCUGCAAGGCGCAGACGUAACGAGUCAACAUUCGACAGCUUGCCGCCCUCUCGCACCUGGUUUGCGGGUCUAGACCACCGACCUAGCAGCGGGCGUCGUCUUCGAACUGUCUCUCGCGAUUCCUUUGGCGCGAGAAUGCCCUCUUACUCUGCUCCGUCGAGCCCCCGGCUGUCGGUGCAUCUGCUGGACGCGGAAAGACCCCCGCACCAUUUCGAAGAUGAACAGUCUGACGACACUUUUCCGUUUUCACGCGGUCAGCGUAGCUUCGCUGCUACUUCGCUCGACCAAGGAGGCCCCAUGCCCGACAUGGCUGUAUUGCAUUCGCUCAACAUAGCGCAGACUCAGCUGGCCAGCGCGGGAAAUCUUGCGCUUACCUUGACGCGACAACUAUCGGCGCCCUUGCGACCAGUGUUGCACGUCACGCUCUUCGUGAGCAUUUCGACCAUCACGCUGAUCACCUUGCUCGGCUUCCUUUGCGCGUCGUACAUCCUCUCUGUCUGGGACGACCUAGGCUCUCGCAGUCGGAGCGUGGGAAGAGCUGCUGGAGACGCAAGGCGAAACAUCGAAGGCGGUCUGGGAUGGGGACGGCGGAUGCUUCUCGGAACUCAUUUGGCAGUAGAGGAAAACUCUGCCGGCUCGUCUGAGGAGACUUCUGAUGCAAAGUUACACCAAACUACUACAACCCACGCACCUCGAGCCAAGACCUCGCCUUUGUUCUCUUCUCCCUUUGCCCUCGCCUUUCCAUCUCCAGCAGCUUUUGCAGCCAAGUUGGCUCCUUCAGCUUUGGCCGAGCGCUUGGGUGUGGAAGUAGACUACCAACCCCGGCGCCGCUCGUCUGGCACCCCCGUCUCGCCCGACUUCUCGAGCAGCUCUGGGUCGACUUCUCGCCGGGCUUCUUCCGUGUUCCAAGAAGAGGACACGUACGACAAGCCAAGGCGGCCAAGGUCCUCCACGCCACCUCUGCCACCGCGUCCACCGCUAUCUCAUCUGGUGCCUUCCAUUCUUCUCACCAUCUUGAUCGCGCUAUUUGCCAGCUUUACGUCGUACUUGACAAACAAGCGCGCUGCGGAGGCGGCCAGUCAAGGUCAAAAGCACUUUGGAACUGCAUCUUCAGAGCCUAUGCCAUCGCGCAAACCUCGACCCGGUGGUCACAGCUCAGCUGCCGCAACGUCGCGAUCUGGCUCCUUUGGCAAGUCAGCAGGUCGCCGUCAUGCAGCACAAGCCGGUGGCGGAUUUGACAUUUACAAUUGAGAUUUCUGAGCGCGCUGCAGCACUCGUCGGUAUCUUGAUGCAGUUGCACGCUUCAGCAAAUCAAGGGGUGUUCGAGUAACAAUUGCAAGAUCUGUCCACGUUGUUCCAGCGCCUAUGACCACCCCU